AUGUCCACCUUCGCCAAGUUGCCCAAGAGGCUGACCAUACCCAAGACCCUCCAGCCAGAUAAUGCUAUAACGAGUGAAGACGUUGCUGCAGCUAACGAAAAAAAUGUCAUUAGACACCCCAGGAUCCUUCACGAUGGAGCAUUCUCAUGGUCAAUUCCUGAAGAACGUAAGGAUUACAAAUACAUCACAACCAGCAAACAAGCUCUUCAUGACUUGGGUUUAAACGAGAACGAGGAUCAAGAUCCAGAGUUUUGGAAAAUCGUCAGUGGCGAAUUCUACCAUGAUUUGUCAUUCCGUGAUACAGACUUUCCAUUCCCAUACGCUCAAGCGUACGCUGGGUGGCAAUUCGGCCAAUUUGCUGGUCAGCUAGGUGAUGGCAGAGUUCACAACUUGUUUGAAGUUCCUAAACCCAAAGACAAUACGCUGCCUUCUACGAAGUUCAACAGGAAAGAGUAUGAGGUCCAGUUGAAGGGAUCUGGCAAAACCCCAUACUCACGUUUUGCGGAUGGAAAGGCAGUUAUUCGUUCUUCAAUAAGGGAGUACAUUAUCUCCGAGCACUUGAAUCAAAUCGGAAUUCCUACCACCAGAGCAUUGUCGCUUACCUAUCUCCCACAGACUCUAGCUCAAAGAUAUUCUGCUGAAAGAUGUGCCAUUGUCUCCAGAUUUGCCGAGUCUUGGAUCAGACUUGGAACCUUUGACUUGUACAGAUGGAGAUUUGAUAUGGACGGUCUUCGUCGUUUGAGUGACUACGUUAUUGAUGAGCUUUUCAUUGUCGAGGAAGAUGGGAAGAAGGUUGAGUUCCCCUUCUUCGAACAAACCAUUGCAGCUAAUACUGGGUUCCAAAAUGACAUUCAGAAGAGCCUUCGUGGUUUGACCAAGUACGAUAAAAUGUACUUCGAGAUCAUUGUUCGCAAUGCCAUGACUGCCUCCAUGUGGCAAUGUUACGGCUUCCUCAACGGAGUGUUGAACACUGACAAUACUUCCGUUAUUGGGCUUUCGAUGGAUUUUGGUCCAUUCAGUAUUAUGGACAAGUACAACCCUGAGUACACGCCUAACUCCGAGGACCAUCAAGGAAGAUACAACUACGCCAAUACGCCGACGGCUAUCUGGUGGAACUUGACGAGGUUGGGUGAGAACUUGGCACAGCUUAUUGGUGCUGGUACUGAUCUCAUCGACAACCCACAAUUCAAGACGAACAACUUCCAGAAUGGCUGGGAGGAUAAAAUUGUUAAAAGGGCAUCCAAGUUGAUUGAAAUUGGUGGAGAAAUGUACAUGUACGCAUUCACCAAAAAGUACGUGGAAACUUUCUUUGACAGACUCGGUUUGCUGCACAAGCUUAUUGACGUGAUGGAUCCUGAAGCUCAAAACGCCGAUUUGCUUGCUCCUAUGCUUGAAAUGCUCAAAAACACCCAAUGUGAUUUCAACGGGUUUUUCGUGAAGUUACAAGAGGCCAGAGUUGAGUCUGCGGAUUUUGAUCUUGACAAGUUUGCAGCUUCCGUUUUGUUGCAGGAAGUGAGCCAGCACGAGCACUACCCUAGAGACGAAUUGACACAGCAAGUGAAGGAGUGGGUGCAAAAGUACCAGAAUUACGUGUCUAGGACGAUGGAGCAUGAUGGGUUUGACAGAUACGAAAAGAGCUCGCAGCACAACCCGCUCUUCCUCCCAAGAAACUGGAUUCUUGCUGAGGUGAUUGAGCAGGCAGAGGAGACCAAGUGUAACGAUGUCACAUUGUUGAAGAAACUUGAAAAGAUGGCCUUCAACCCACUCGAUCCCAGCAAGUGGGGUGACGAGCUCAAGCAGUACGAAGACAAAUGGCGUUUGCAAAGCGACGCUGGAGAAGCCCGUUCCAUGCUACAGUGCAGCUGUGCCAGUUAG